UCCACCUGCCUUCAAUACCCUAAUCACACACAGUCUUCAUUUCCCCAAUCAAAUUCAUCACAUUUUUAAGUUAAAAAAAUGAACAUAUAAGCGCUCGCUUUUCACAAUGCAAAUCCGUUUGGGAGUCGGACGUGAUUCAGGAUGUGAGAGGGACCUGGAGAAGGGGCUAGUGCAGCCCUCAACCCCAGGAGCUCUCUCGGAGCCGCCAUCGUCACCUCACCCGUCGAGGCCGGUUCUUGUGUUCUCCAAUUCCAGCAAGUCUCUGCUGGGUUCGAAUUCAGGUAAGGCCCUGGUUGUUUCGAAUUCAGGCAAGGCCCUGGUUGUUUCGAAUUCAGGCAAGGCCCUGGUUGUUUCGAAUUCCAGUAAGUCUCUGGUGUUGUCCAAUUCCGGCAAGCGCAUUGAUCAGUUGGGGAAGAAGAAGUAUGUGAAGCAGGUGACCGGCCGCCACAAUGACACGGAGCUGCACCUGGCUGCACGCCGCGGCGAUUUGGCGGCUGUGCAGCAGUUUCUGGGGGAGAUUGAUGCCCAGAUGGUGGGUUCUGAGUUUGAUGAAGAGGUGGCUGAGAUAAGGUCUGCCAUUGUGAAUGAGGUGAAUGAGUUGGGAGAGACGGUCCUUUUCAUUGCGGCUGAGCAGGGGCAUCUUGGUAUUGUAGAGGAGCUUUUGCCCUACAUGACCGAGGAGGGCAUUUCGUUGAAGAAUCAGGUCGGGUUUGAUGCGUUGCAUAUUGCUGCAAAUCAAGGGCAAAAAGCCAUUGUCCAGGUGCUCUUAGACUAUGACCCGGGGCUUAGCAAAACAGUUGGCCAGGCAAAUGCUACCCCUCUUGUAUCUGCAGCUACAAGAGGGCAUACGGCAGUCGUUAAAGAAUUACUAUCAAAAGAUCCUAGUUUGCUGGAUGUUUCUAAAUCCAACGGGAAGAAUGCAUUGCAUCUUGCUGCACGGCAGGGGCAUGUAGAUAUUGUGAAAACUUUGCUUGACAGGGGUCCACAACUAGCAAGAAGAACGGAUAAGAAAGGACAGACUGCUUUGCAUAUGGCUGUAAAAGGUGUCAGCAGUAAAGUGGUGAGGUUGAUUGUCGAAAGGGAUCCAGCAAUUGUCAUGCUUCCAGACAAGUUCGGCAAUACAGCAUUACAUGUGGCCACCAGGAAAAAGCGAGUAGAGAUAGUCAAUGAGCUGUUACUCGUUCGUUACACAAAUGUGAAUGCUCUAACAAGAGACCAUAAAACAUCCCUUGAUAUAGCUGAAGGACUUCCUUACUCUGAAGAAAUCACAACAAUUAAGGAAAACUUGACUCAAUACGGUGCUGUCCGAGCAAAUGAACUUAACCAGCCAAGGGAUGAGCUUAGAAACACUGUGACAGAGAUAAAAAAGGAUGUCCAUACUCAGCUUGAACAAGCUCGGAAAACCAACCAGAGUGUUAGUGGAAUUGCCAAGGAGCUCCGUAAGCUACACAGGGAAGGAAUCAAUAAUGCCACUAACUCAGUCACAGUGGUUGCUUCACUCUUUGCAACAGUAGCAUUUGCAGCUAUAUUUACACUUCCUGGUGGCGAUUUAGACUCUGGGGAGGCUGUGGUGUCGUUCAGUGUAUCCUUCAAAAUCUUCUUCAUUUUUAAUGCUCUUUCGCUCUUCACAUCAUUGGCUGUUGUUUUGGUACAAAUCACCCUCGUCAGAGGGGAAACAAAGACGGAGAGGAGGGUUGUGGAAGUGAUCAAUAAGUUGAUGUGGCUGGCCUCUGUCUGCACUACAGUAGCAUUUAUUUCUUCAGCAUAUAUAGUGGUUGGCCGGCGUAAUAUAUGGGCUGCAAUCCUUGUCACAGUUAUUGGGGGAGUUAUAAUGGCAGGAGUUCUUGGUACCAUGACAUAUUAUGUGGUGAAGUCCAAAAAGUUUCGUAGAGUAAGGAAGAGAGAGAAGAUGUCGAGGACUGGAACCAUCUAUUCCUCGCGUCACUCAGAGUCUGACUCAGAAGUUAACCGUAUAUAUGCCCUGUGAUGAUAGUCUAGUUUGGAACUAGCCUCUGGUUCUCUGCCUUUAACAUGAAGAAGAAAAUCAAUACAAGUGUAGUUGGUUCAUAAGAGGUUCUAACCUAUACAUACAAAAUUCAGGGACCCUAGUAAUAGCAUCAAUGAGUGGACUUUUUUGAAAAUGAAGUUUUGGGUGUCUCAAGGAGUACAAAGUUUUGCAGCAAAACUAUUCAUAUCCUUAACCUUCAAAGGCAGAAAGUGAGAGAUAUCAUUUGUAUACGAUACGGCGUACACAUGGUAUCAGUCUUCAUUUGUAACUUAUAUAGGUUUCGUCACUGGUGAUAUGCUAUUCGAAUUCUAGCAUAGAUAGUGACUUGUUGAUUAGUUGAUCAAAAUUUUGAAUGUGACUUUACUCGACAUUAUUUGUCUGAAAAAUGUGAGUGUAUCUGAUAAGUGAAUGAAAUCUGAAGCAUUACAUGUUGCGCAUA